GCAGCACGGUGAGCUCAGCGAUGAUGCUCACUCCGUGGUGGCAACGAGGUGUAGAAAUCCGUAUAUAAGUCGCCUUGCCGUCUCUGGGACACAAUCGAAUCCUCCUCUCCAGCACAUCACCAGCGUCCAAUUCCAGCAUCAAUCCCAAGAUACACCUCUUUGACGCCCAAAUACAUCUUAACCGACCACCACAUUCACCAUGAAGGUCUCCGUCCUCGCCCUCGCCGCCGUCCUCGGCUUGACCUCUGCCCAGAAGGCUGUCGUGGUCAACAACUGCAACUCAGCCAUCUAUGUGCAGUCCUACCCCUACGACGGUGGCAAGCCCGGUCCUCUCACCACGGUGAAGCCCGGCAAGUCCUUCUCUGAGGACUUCCGCCCGUCUGGAUCUACCGUCAAGCUUGCCAAGACCAAGACUCUUAGCGAGCCUCUGUUCUUUGGCUACUCCUUCUCCAGCAACCCCGACUAUGCCUACUAUGAACUCAGCUCCGAAUGGGGGAACCCCUGGAUCAAGGACCACAACAUUCUGAGCCCCGGAGCUGGUUGUGAGGUGUUUGACUGCGACCCCAACGAAGCGAGCUGCUACAGCACCCCUGCCCACAAGAAGGUCUACGGCUGCCCCCAGCCCGUGGAUCUGACUGCUACCAUCUGCAAGCAGUAGACAUAUAUAUUCACAUAGAAACA